CUCGUCCGAGUCGUACAAGUGCUGUUUCGCAUCACUAAGCCAUCUCACCUGAUGCUCCUCCGCGGUUGGAGUAUCGACGUCGGGGUUUCGGCCAUUCUCGGCGUUGAAUUGGAGAGUGGAGAUGCCCCGAUCCGUCGACGGGCGCAACCCGGAGCAUUGCGUCCUCACACAACAUCCUCCGACCCUAGAACGUGGCGUUCGUGCAGCCUGCCUUGCCUUCCCGCCAUCCGCGCUGCGCGAUGGCCUUCGACGAGAGCUACGACGUGGUGGUGGUAGGCGGCGGCAACGCCGGGUUUUCGGCGGCGACGACGGCGGCGCAGGCCGGCGCGCGGGUGUGCCUGGUCGAGAAGGCGCCGGCCGACGACGCGGGCGGCAACACGUUCUACACGGCGGCCGCGUUCCGAUGCUGCUUCGACGGCCUGGCGGACCUGCUGCCGCAUCUGUACGCGGCCGACGGUACCAGGGGCCUGCCGCCAGAGCUUGUCGCUCGCAUCGAGAUGGCGCCCUACACGCGCGCCGAUUUCCACGCGGAUAUCCACCGCGUCACGAAAGGCAGGGCGGACCCUGUCCUCGCGAAGAUGCUCGUCGAUCACUCCCGCGAAGCGGUGCAAUGGUUGAUAGACAACGGCGCUAGGUUUGUGCUCUCCUUCAAUAGGCAGGCGUACUUGGUCGAUGGCAAGUAUAAAUUCUGGGGCGGAAUGGUUAUCAAUAUGGCCGGUCAAGGAAAGGAGCUGUUUGAGCUGCAUCUAGGCCUUGCAAAGAAACACGGAGUGUCGGUCUACUUCGGUUGUCCGGCCGUGGAUUUAAUCGCUGACGACACGACACGCGAGGUUCUCGGCGUUCGGGUCCUCAAGGACGGAAAAGUCGUGAAUAUUGGUGCCAGAGGCGGUGUCGUACUGGCGAGCGGGGGGUUCCAGGCCUCACCGGCACUGCGCGCUCAGUACCUGGGUCCGGGUUGGGACAAGGCCCACGUCCGCGGAUCUAAGUAUAACACGGGGGAUGACCAUAAGAUGGCCGUAAAGCUCGGGGCGAAGCAGGAGGGAAAUUAUUCGGGGUGUCACUCGGUCGCGUGGGACGGGAACUCUCCCCGGGCAUCUGGGGACCGUCUCCUCACGAAUCAGUACACCAAGUCCGGCUAUCCGCUCGGCGUCAUGGUGAACGUCGACGGGAAGCGCUUCGUGGACGAGGGCCUCGACCUACGGAAUUUCACGUACGCCGUCUUCGGGAAGGAGAUCCUUAAACAGCCCCAGAGCAUCGCGUUCCAGGUGUGGGACACCAACGGGAGCCGGUUCCUGCGGAAGGAGGAGUACGCCGACGACGUGACGACGAAUUUGAGGGCUGAGACGCUUGACGGGCUGGCGGACAUCCUGGUCAGGAAGGGACUGAGAGAUAAGAAGCGGUUCCUCUCGACGAUAUCGGACUUCAACGAGGCGUGCAAGAGCUUCCGGGCGGAGCAUCCCGAGAGGGCCUUCGACCCGUCCGUCCGGGACGGCCUGUCGACUCAGGGCGACGAGAAAUCCCUCGCUGUGGGCAAGACCAACUGGGCCGUACCGAUUGAGGACGGCCCCUUCCAGGCCGUCGAGGUCACCUGCGGCAUCACGUUCACGUUUGGUGGGCUCGCGGCUACCGCUGCCGCCGAGGUGAUCAGCGAGUAUACUGGGGCCAAGAUCGACGGCCUCUGGUGCGCGGGAGAGCUGCUCGGCGGCCUGUUCUGGGACAAUUACCCGGGAGGCAGCGGGUUGACUAUGGGCACCGUGAUGGGGAGGAUAGCGGGGAGGGAGGCCGCGAACAGGGCCGAGACCCGCCCUCCCGUCGAGCGAGGCAGCUCUUAGGUACUAUAGAGUCCGCGCGUCACGAAGAGGGGGUAGGGGCCAUGCCAUUAGGCAUAGGAGCCUCCUUUCAAAUUCUAGCCCAGUGGGCAUCCUGUGUCUUCGGGGUACUAUAGUAUCCAAGUUCAAUUGCUAGUCUUCUUUUCUAUUCAGGGGUCUUUCCGCCAGCGAUGUCGGCACCCUUGACUCAGCGUUGGGCUCCGAUAGGGACCGGACCAUUCAAAACCCUACCGAACUGCUAGAAAUUCUCCGUCCGGCACAUACCUAGGUGCUGGAAAUCAUGCUUGUGGCACGCUGUCGCG